GCUCCUGUUCAUUUCCUAGUGAUUCCAAGAAAACCAAUAGCUAUGUUAGAAGAGGCUGCUGAGGAGGAUGGCGAGGUUUUGGGACAUCUGAUGUUAGUUGCCAGGAAAGUGGCCAAGGAGCAAGGGCUAGAUAAAGGAUACAGGCUUGUGAUUAACAAUGGUGUUGAAGGAUGUCAAUCUGUUUAUCAUCUUCAUGUUCAUGUUCUUGGAGGUCGUCAGCUUACCUGGCCUCCCGGCUAAAGUGGAGGUCAUCUACCUCAAUACUUGUAAAGAGGAUGUAAGCUUACCUGGCCUCUGAGCUGAAUUGGAGGUCAUUUACCUUGAAUCUAGAACUAAAGUCGAUCUUAAGCACUUUUCAUACACUUUAAAAACAAUUAUCCUGAGCCUUAAGUUUACAUUGUUAAUAAAAUAUUUAUUUUUCA